CCCCCGCCGCCCGGAAUGGUUCGCUCCGCGUCCUAUUUAGCCGGCGCGCCCGCCGCCCGCGGCUCCUGCGUCCCCGGCCGGGCUCCCCGCGGCCGGACAGCGGCCGGACAGCGGCCGGACAGCGGCCCGAGAGCGGCCGCCCGAGCCAUGGGGGCCCCGCGCGCGCUGCCGCUGCCGCUGCUGCUGCUCCUGGCGUGCGGGGCGCCCGGCGGGGCCACCCCCACGCAGGACGGCGUCUGGCAGGAGCAGGACGUGGAGCCGGGAACCCUGGCUCCCGUGGAUGAGGCCGUGGGCUCCACAGGCUGGAGCAGCCCCGACAGCCAAGACAGUCAACCCUGGACGUCCGACGAGACGGUAGUGGCUGGGGGCACCGUGGUACUCAAGUGCCAGGUACGGGAGCACGAGGACUCCUCCCUGCAGUGGUCCAACCCCGCCCAGCAGACGCUGUACUUCGGGGAGAAGAGAGCCCUCCGAGACAACCGGAUCCAGCUGGUGAAGUCGACGCCCCACGAGCUCAGCAUCAGCAUCAGCAGCGUGGCGCUGGCGGACGAGGGCGAGUACACCUGCUCCAUCUUCACCAUGCCCGUGCGCACCGCCAAGUCCCUGGUCACCGUGCUGGGAAUCCCCCAGAAGCCCGUCAUCACUGGGUACAAGUCCCCGCUGCGAGAGGACGAGACCAUCACGCUCAACUGCCGCUCUUCCGGAAGCAAACCCGCGGCCCAGCUCAGCUGGAGGAAGGGGGGUCAGCUGUUGCAGGGAGAACCGACCCGGAUCCAGGAGGACCCCAACGGGAAGACCUUCACCGUCAGCAGCUCCGUGACCUUCCAGGUGUCGCGGGAGGAUGACGGGGUGGACAUCGUGUGCGCCGUGAAGCAUGAGUCCCUCAAGGGCGCCGACCGCUUCACGACGCAGCGCAUUGAAGUCCUGUACACACCCACUGCCAUGAUCAGGCCGGACCCCCCGCACCCCCGCGAGGGCCAGAAGCUGCUGCUGCACUGCGAAGGCCGAGGCAACCCCGCCCCCCAGCAGUUCCUGUGGGAGAAGGAGGGCAGCCUGCCGCCCCUGAAGAUGACGCAGGAGCGCGCCCUGGUCUUCCAGCUGCUGAACAAGAGCGACAGCGGCACCUACGGCUGCACGGCCACCAGCAACAUGGGCAGCUUCAAGGCCUACUACACGCUCAACGUCAACGACCCCAGCCCGCUGCCCUCGUCCCCUAACAACUACCACGCCAUCAUCGGCGGGAUCGUGGCGUUCGUCGUCUUCCUGAUGCUCAUCCUGCUUAUCUUCCUUGGCCACUACCUGAUCCGGCACAAAGGUACCUACCUGACUCACGAGGCGAAGGGCUCCGACGACGCCCCGGACGCAGACACGGCCAUCAUCAACGCAGAGGGCGGGCAGGCAGGCGGCGAGGACAAGAAGGAGUAUUUCAUCUAGAGCUGUGCCCGCCCGGGCCCGGGGCACUGCCAGGCCUCCACCAACGGGACUUGUACAGAGCGACCUCGGCCGCCCUCCCGCUUGCUCCCCGGCCCCCACCCCUGUACAGAAUGUCUGCUUUGGGGGGACGGUUUUGUACUCGGUUUGGAAUGGGGAGGGAGGAGGGCGGGGGGAGGGUGCCCUCAGCCCUUUCCAUGGCUUCUCUGCGUUUGGGUUCUUCUUAUUUUUGUAACAAUCCCAAAUCCGAUCCAACUCCGGGCUGGAGCAGGGGCCCUGGGCGGAGGCGGGGGAGGUAGGAGCUGC